AUGUCGAAAGGAGAGAUUUCGACGAAAUUCCCCGAGAGACGAACACAGUUGUCAACGAAAGAGGCUGCAGGUGCAACUUCAAUCCAUCUCUUCGAGAUGGUGAUCAAUGAAGCCAAGUCACACCAAAUAUACACUUAUCCAGAAGAUAGUCAAAAUUCGGUAAAGCAAUGGUCGCAUUCUUACAAAUUGCCGUUUUUGGAAGUGUUGUCGAAGCGGGGAACUCAAAGCGAUCAAAAAAUCAAAGAAUUAAUUCGAGAACUAACACUGCUGGCUGAAAAACUCAUAAAUGAUUCGAAUCCGCAGAAAGAAAAUUUAAUUUGGUCCCUCCAAUCUCUUCCAUCUGAAAUUUUAUCAUAUUUUAAAAGCGUGAUUCAAAUUGCAAAGCCUCUCUUGGCGAAAAUGUUAGCGGCGCGCUGUCUGGCGUUAAAGCUAUUAAAAAACUGCACACACAAUGCUGGUUUUUCGAAGGGAGUUUCCAGGAGC